AUGUGCGUCGUGUGCUUCGUGAAGGCGCUGGUGCACGUGUUCAAGGUCUACCUGAGCGCCAACUACGCUUACAACUUCCGCGGCUGGCCGGUGGACUUCCGCUGGGACGACGUGCGCGCCGCAGGCGCAGGGAGCAGCAGUCAUCGCGCGCUCACGUGCGCGGCGGCCGCGGCGGGGGCGCGUAGCCAGGCGCAGUGCCUGCUGCAGCAGAUCCGCGCGCUGCCGGGCCAGCUCGCCAGCUACGCGCUCGCGCACUCGCUGGGCCGCUGGCUCGUGUACCCUGGCUCCGUGUUCCUGACGACGCGCGCGUUGCUGCCGCUGCUGCAGCAGGGCCAAGAGCGCCUCGUGGAACGCUACAGUGGCCGGCGCGCCAAGCUGGUGGCCUGUGACGGCAACGAGAUUGACACCAUGUUCAUGGAUCGCCGCCAGCACCCGGGCAGCCAUGGCCGCGGCCUGCGCCUUGUCAUCUGCUGCGAAGGCAACGCUGGCUUCUACGAGAUGGGCUGCCUGUCGGCGCCACUCGAAGCCGGCUACUCAGUGCUGGGCUGGAACCACCCGGGCUUCGGGGGCAGCACGGGAGCACCCUUCCCUCAGAACGACGCCAACGCCAUGGAUGUGGUGGUCAAGUACGCCCUGCACCGCCUGCACUUCCCACCCACGCACGUGGUGGUCUAUGGGUGGUCUAUUGGCGGCUUCACCGCCACCUGGGCCACCAUGACCUACCCGGAGCUGGGAGCACUGGUGCUGGACGCCACCUUCGAUGACCUUGUACCGCUCGCGUUGAAGGUCAUGCCCCACAGUUGGAAGGGGCUGGUGGUGCGCACCGUGCGUGAGCACUUCAACCUCAACGUCGCUGAGCAGCUGUGCUGCUACCCGGGGCCAGUGCUGCUGCUCCGGCGAACGCAGGACGACGUGGUCAGCACCUCGGGCCACCUGCCCUCCCUGUCGCCCGGCGACAUGCAGGGCAACCGUGGCAACGAGCUGCUGCUGCGUCUCUUGCAGCACCGCUACCCAGCCGUGAUGUCGCGUGAAGGCCAAGCCGUUGUGACCCGCUGGCUGCGCGCCAGCAGCCUGGCACAGGAGGCCGCCUUCUAUGCGCGCUACCGCGUGGACGACGAGUGCUGCCUGUCCUUACUGCGCUCCUACCGCGUGCGCUGUGAGGAGGAGCUGGAGGACGAGGAGGUCAGGGGGCCGCAUGGGCCUGCCUUUCCCUGGCUUUUGGGCCAGAGCCUGAGCUCGCGGCGGCGCCGGCAGCUUGCGCUGUUCCUGGCGCGCAGGCACCUCAAGAACGUAGAGGCGACUCACUGCUGCCCGCUGGAGCCAGAGGACUUCCAGUUGCCCUGGGAGCUGUAGCCCGAGCACCGGGGCUUGGGUCCAUUUCCCUCCCCACAUCCCCAACCAGUAAAGCUGAC